AUGACAGCGCACGAGUCUGCGCCGGACACGACGCCGCUAAUGGAGCACGGAAUCUCUGGCGAUGAUGCCGCUCCUCAAGUGAUCGAGCGCUAUCUGACAGACGAGCAGAUCCAGCAGUUUAUGGACGAAGGAGUCCUCGUAGUACCCAAUGUUCUGACACCAGAAGAGGUGGCGCAGGCACGUCAUGGACUGCACAGCGAGCUCGCUAAGUACGGAGUGGACCAUGACAAUUUGGAGGAGACUGGCGACAAUCUCAAGAACUUGUCAAGUACUGGUGGUGCAGGUGGAAUCCUGGACCUGUUCUAUCCAUCAUGGCGAUUGAAAGUGGCCGAGAAUGAGAAAGUAUUUGCAGCUAUGACCGACUUGUGGGAGGCGACGUACGCACACAACCACCCGGAUUUCCUGCAUCCAUUCGGAGACUUCGAUGGCAAACGUGGCUACAUGUACAUUAACCGCGUGUGCUACCGCGUGCAGGAUGUGAUAUCCAAGAAGUUUGCUAAGAAGAAGUCACGUCCAAUGCAGCGAUCAUUAACCCCACACUGGGACUGCUGUCCGACCAAGAUGUUCGACUCAGGCAAGGACACUCCGCGAUGGCGACCAAUCCAGUGCAUCACGGUGCUCACUAGCAACACGGAGUCCAACACAGGCGGUUUUGAAUGUGUGCCUGGCUUUCACAAGGAAUUUGCUGGUUACGCUGCGAAGAAUCAGCCUGAAACUGUGACGGAAGCUCCAUUAACGGCUGCUCUUCGCCGUCCGCAGGUCUGUCUUGGCGACUUCUCACCCCUGCGUAUGCAAGAAGAUCGAGCCAUUAUUGAUCGCUACCAGCACAUUGGAUGCGAAGCUGGCAGUGUGAUUUUAUUCGACUGGCGCCUCCCACACGCCAACAGCUACAAACACGUCGGCACCAUCCCGCGCGAGGUCAUUUACACGGGUUUCAUCCCGGAUAUACCAAUCAACCGCUCGUAUGUUCAAGAACAGCUUCGUCGGUACAAAGCUCGUCUGCUCCCCGCUGAUCACUGGCAAAAAGAUGACGUGCAUUCUCGUGUCGCCGAGGAUUUCUCUGCUCACCAUUUUUCGGCGUUAGGCUCUCGUCUUAUCGGCCUUCACCCAUGGUAA